AUGCUCUCAAUCUCAGAUUCGCAGGGCUCAGGGCGCCGUCCCGCUGACCGUGAAGCAGAUCGCCGAAGCCUUCUCGCCUCGCUCGAGGACGAGAUCCGCGCCCUCCGGUCCUGGCAGUCCCGCCCGGAGCCAGAGUCGGGCUCCCCGGAUUGGAUCUGCGCCGGCCUCGCCCGGAUCGAGUUCCUCCACGCCUCCCUCGAUGACCUCCACCAGCUCCCCCAGGCCCAGGACACCCUCCACCGCCGCUCCUCCACCCCCUGGACCGACCGCCUCCUCGACGACUUCCUCCGCUUCGCUGACGCCUACGGCUCCUUCCGAUCCAUCCUCAUCUCCCUCAAAGAAACCCAGUCCAAGCUCCAGACCGCCAUCCGGUGGCGCGACGAGGCCCGGAUCGGUUUUCCCCUCAGGUUGCGGUAA